CCUAAAGGGAGCGUCACUCAACGUGCCUUCCAAGCAAACCCCUCCCUCUCGCCAGUUGUCGGUCAAUGAAGCGAGGAAGAGGACUUCCCGACAGGUACCUCUGUCAAGAUGAGGUUGUGUUGUUUUCACUGCGGAAUCAAACGUGUUGGACCGAUAAUUCAGCAGCACUGACUGUCGGCGUGACCAUCAAAUGUCAGUGUGAAGAUGACAUCACCAUCACCAACUCACAGUGAUAGCAGUGGCUCUUCUAAGCAGGAUAGUAACCAGGACAGUUGGGAAAUUGUUGAGGGCCUCAGAGGGGCUCCUGCCAUCAUGCAGCAACCUGAGCGACAGGAGGGUUUCCUGCUCAAGAGGCGGAAGUGGCCCAUGAAAGGAUGGCACAAAAGAUAUUUCGUGUUGGACAGUGGUGUCCUGAAGUAUGCAAAGCAUAGCACAGAUUUAAGGAAGGGAAAGCUUCACGGCUGCAUUGACAUUGGCCUCUCCGUCAUGGCAAUCAAGAAGUCGACCAUGUGCAUUGACUUGGACACAGAGGAAAACAUCUAUCACCUAAAGGUGAAGUCCCCCGAGCUGUUUGAGGAAUGGGUGUCAAAGCUGCGUAAUCACCGUGUGUUUCGGCAGAACGAGAUCUCCUCGUUUCCCCAACCCCACCACUACCACCCCCACACCUUUUCUUCACCAUCCCUUAUUGACUCCUUCAGGACACAGAGGGCUUCUCUCACCAAGCAGGCGUCAAUACAUCAGGCCAAGGCCUCUUGGCUCCACUCCUCAGACGACAUGAACAAGUGCGGCAAAGACUUGGAGGAGUGUGAAUCAUACCUACUGGAACUCAACCUGCUUCUGAGGAGUAUGGAAGUCAUGCACCGCACCUACUCUGCUCCUGCCAUCAGUGCACUACAUGCAUCUACUUCUGAUAUCCCAAAGAAAGAGAAGAGGACAAGGAAAUGGCGAUCCAAGAACAACGGAAGCAAAGAUUGCAAAGCAGCAACACAGACCACUUAUGUUCCCAAUGCCUCCAAUCCCAAUCUCCCAUCAAUGGAGGCCAACAGCCAAGAGGUCUGUCCAGAAUCUCCAGACUCUCCCAUCGAGGUUUCACGGAUGCAAGAGAACUUCUGCAGACUAGCCAACAACAUCCUCGCCACACUGAAAUCGGCAUUUAGCUCCCUGUCAGCAGAAAGAGACAGACUGAAGCACACCAUUGAAAUGCAAACUCUGAAGCCAAUGCAGGUGACAGCCUUAAAGACCGCCUAUGGCUCUGAGUGUUCAGAAGACUCCCAUUCUCUGGUCCACCAGGCGUCAAAUGAGAGCAGAGCAUCGAUUCCUGAGUCGAUAUCGGAGUUCUUUGAUGCCCAGGAGUACCUGCUCUCCUCUUCCUCUUCUGAGAAUGAGGCAUCAGACGAUGACUCCUACAUCAGUGAUGUCAGCGACAGCAUCUCCAUGGAUACAUGUAGCAACGAGGGGCUCGGUGACAGACACAACUCAGUGAGCAGCGUAGGGUCUGUGUUUCGCCCCCGCUCCAUGCUGCCCUCUCCCAGUCCGGCUUGCAGCGUGAGCUUGUGGAACAUUCUGAAGAACAACAUUGGGAAGGACUUGUCCAAGGUGGCUGUGCCGGUCCAGCUCAACGAGCCACUCAACACCCUGCAGAGGCUGUGUGAGGAGCUGGAGUACAGUGAGCUGCUGCACACGGCCAACAAGACCCACAACCCUUACCAGCGCAUGGUGUACAUUGCGACAUUUGCAAUAACUGCUUACACGUCCUCCUAUUAUCGGGCUGGGAGCAAACCCUUCAACCCAGUCUUGGGAGAGACUUUUGAGUGUGACAGACCUGAUAAGGGCUUCAGGUUUAUAGCUGAACAGGUGAGCCACCACCCUCCUGUUUCAAUAUGUCAUGCGGAUUCCAAGAACUUUACCUUUUGGCAAGAUGUUCGGUGGAAAAAUAAAUUCUGGGGCAAAUCUAUGGAGAUAGUUCCAAUGGGAACGACCCAUGUCACACUGCCUGCGUAUGGGGACCAUUAUGAAUGGAACAAAGUGACAUCCUGCAUCCAUAACAUCAUCAGUGGUCAGCGUUGGAUUGAACACUAUGGAGAGAUGACCAUUAAAAAUAUCAACAGUAGCACAUGCGAGUGUAAAGUCACAUUUGUCAAGGCCAAAUCAUGGAGCUCUACCGUCAAUGAGAUAGAGGGCGUGGUGACUGAUUCAAACGGAAAAGUUGUGCAUUCCAUUUUUGGAAAAUGGCACGAGUCCAUUUUUCAAGGAGAUCCACCUUCUGCCACAUGCGUCUGGAGAGCAAAUCCCAUGCCAGUGGAUCAGGAUCAGUACUACGGCUUCACUCAAUUUGCUGUGGAGUUAAAUGAGCUGGAUCCCAACUUAAGACCUCUGCUGCCCCCUACAGAUACACGCUUCAGGCUGGACCAGAGGCUACUGGAAGAGGGAAAUGUGGAAGGGGCCGAAGAACAGAAGCAGAGGAUAGAGCAGCUCCAGAGAGAGAGGAGGAAAGUGCUGGAAGACAACAACAUGACCCACCAGCCGCACUUCUUCAAAAAGUCCGAGGAUGACACAUGGGUGAGCAACAACACAUACUGGGAGUUACGGCGAGACCCUGGAUUCACUAAAGUCGACUUUCCUGUAUUGUGGUGACCGGUACAAUUCAUCUUUCACUCCAGUGUAUCAUAGAGAGGGAAGUAGAAAAGAGAAGUGAGAUCGACAUCAGGGAGUCCUGAUCUGUGUCGUGGCAACCCAAACUAAAAUAUGGACUUCAUGUACCCUUUGGCUAAAACUUUAUCAUGUACAUUUUGUCUCAUCAUUGCAGUUGUUAUUUUUACACUUUUAGCAAGACUAAAAAUUUGCCAUGUAAUAUAAUAAUAUACUAUAAAAGUGCCUUUUAUUGCAGUGCUGCGCCCAUUCAACUGCUGUAGCAGUUAUUUACCCUGAGAGAUCCUUGACAGAACUUCAUUAAAAAGCAACAUUUUAGCUGUUCCAUCAAUAUCAUGACUCCAGGAUCCACAGAAGAAGAACUGAUUAAACCUUUAUAAAAGAGUGACUUUAUCGUUGGCGUCUGCCAUGGCACUGUGGAUGCACAGAAAACCCAGGUAAAAAAAUGGCAAUAAUUAAAAAAAAAAGCUAAUAAAUGACACAAUGGAUGUACAAUUAAAAGAGUUUCACUGUUUUGUGUGCGUAAAAGAGAUACAUAUAUGUCUUGCUUUGCUAAUUUGUGGUCAUUUAUGCAUAACAUUUGCGAGUAUGUUGUCCAAAACAAUGAAUGCGCCCAUAGACACAUUGGCCCCAUCAUUAGGUACACCUACACUGUUUGGUGAGAUCCAAUACAAAACUGUGCUGGAAAUAUUCAAAUAAUAAUGAUUAUAUUACUGAUUUUUAUCAGAAAUGCGUAAUUACGGCUGUAAUUUGCUGUAGUAUUAAUGCAUCAUAUGAAACUGCAUGAGAGGGACAUUUUAUUAUACAGCUCUUGUGUAAGAUGUCCUCAGAUUGUGCUGGUACCUAAUAAUGCUACCCUGUGGAUGAAUAUCAAUGUAUAUAACACUUUCUGUUUAGAUUACAAUGUAGCUGAAGAUGGUUUUCCUGAUCCACUUUUCAUAUUUAGCAGUCCCAGACAACACGAUCUACAAGAUUUUACAGUAGACCAGAAUGGUAUUGCAUCACCUUCAUAUAAUUGCCAGAGAUUGCAUCUUUUUUUUGGUAUGUGUACAGCCUGUGUUUUUAAAAAGUUUUGUGUAAGUCACAUCGCAGCCCAACCACCACCUGAAGAACCACAAAAUUCCCCAUCACAGAUUUAAAAAAAAAAAAAAAAAAAAACAGCCUCUGAGAUAAACCACAACGGUGUCCUACAUUGACAUAACGUGAGAACAUCUUACAGGGGUGUCAAAGUCCAUCGCACAGGGGGCCAAAUCACCAAGCCUACUUUAGGUUGUGGGCUGAGCUGGACAUGACCCCCAAUCCCAACCCCACCCUCCAACUUUUAUUCUUAUUUAUCCUGAAAUUUUCAACGCAUGUAUAUUUCUGCAUAGUGAAAGUAUUAAAAACCUUAAAACCAUCUUUUCCUUUCAACCAACAUAAUUGGUGAACGUAGCACACAUGAGAUGCAUUAUCUGUGCACACACACAGAUGCUCGUUUGGAAAAAAAUAGAAGAUAGUAUGGUCAGAUUUUGAGAAAAUGCCUCAUUAAUGCUGAUGAAACUAUGCCGGUUUCUUGUGGUUGCCUUUUCAGGUGGGGACAAAACGCGCAUGACAGUUGGUGAAUGUAGUUUUAUGUGGACAUACUUUUUUUUUUUUUUUUUUUUUUACUUGACUUGUGUGGAUGGACUUCUUUUUUUUUUUUUUUUUUUUUACAUGGGAGUGUAGGAAAUGUGCUUUUUUGUGUGUGUGUGUUCAUUCUUUCUUGCUUGAAAUUUCUACUUCCUGAUAGUCCGCGGAUGUACGAUUAUGGUUGUUUUGGCGUGGUUGUUCGUUUCAGUAAAGUGAUUGUUGAUCGACCACCUCUUUGUCAUUCUCUCAAUGUCCGGGCAAAAGCUACAGUAUUUUAUAUCGACACAAAAACAUCACAAUCUGUGAGAUGUGUAACUCGGAAGAGUUUCCAGCUGUGGAAUGGGCAGAUUAUGCAUUUCCCAGCAUGCUUUGCUGUAGUUAAAAUGAUCAAUUUGACUGUUUUAUGCCUCUUUAAUGUGUUAUUUUAUACAGACAGGGUGUAAUAGUUAAAGUGCUGCCGUUUUUAGUUGUGUACAGUUAAAUUAUUUUGACUUUUGGGCUGAAUUUGGCAUCCUUAUUAAGAAUGGUUGUGAAUUUCGUGCUUAUUGUUUCCACUUUUAACAUUAAAAUUCCAGAGUAGUUCUGGUCUUUUAUAGCCGUCACAUACCCCCACGACCCUAAUGAGGAUAAACGGCAUGGAAAAUGGAUGCAUGGAUGGAUAGUAUAUACCAGAUGAAUCGUUUAAUUAUGCAGGUCGCUGUAAGCACUUUGUUUGAUAAGGUCCGUGAGUCGGACCAACUCAGUGCUAUUUUCCAAACAGUUCCGCUGGCCAGAUGAAAUUGCAGCAUGGGCCACAUUCGGCCCCCGGGCCUGCGUUUGACACAUACUGUAUGCCUUACAGUGAAAAUGCCCAGUAUUCAAUUCUAAGGCCACAACCUCCAUGAGUGCACACAUGCUUAAACCCAAUAGGCAUUCAAGUUUAUUCAGCUUGUGGUUGGAAAAUAUGCAUAAAAAUGAGAAUAAGUGUCCAAAUACUGACUUGCCUAAUAAUUGUGCACACAGUAUGUAUGUUUUAGAUGUCAAACAGGGUGAGAUCCACCCCGAUGGCGUCGCACCCGCGUGAUUCAUGGACGCAUAUGCUUAGUGUGCCGCUGGAGCUGACACUGCACUAAUGGCCUGUGACUGCUUUGGGGCACCCC